CGUUACAGCUAGCUAGUGAGGCUAUCGCUAGGCUCGUGGUCAACCCAUCCUUCAAGAGUGUACUUGACACGAUGAACUAUGUAUGCUCCUUCCACCCUUGCACAGUUCUGGAGAGGAAAUAUUUUGUGGGGUUUCUAUGUGCUCUGCUCUUUCCAAGCACUCUUUCGACUUGUGUGUAGCAAUUCUUGAAUCAGAAACUUAUUGGUGCGGCGACCAUUACCACGCAGUUUGGGAACGUGGCCAGCGCCGUUCUAUCUUGGAGCCCGAGAUUGAUAUCGAUGCCACUCAUCUUCUGAGUAAUCGUCGAAGUAGUUCAAUGCAGGCGCUUUGGGUGUGGCUUCGGAUCCGCGUCUACUACUUCUGUUGCGGUGUAUAUAACCUUUAGGACCCGAGGGUCAGAAAGGUCGGCCUUUUUGUAUCGCUGCGGGGCCGCGACAACUUCCGGUGAAGGCGAUUGCCUCGCAUUAUCGUAUGCC